CUGCCACGCGGCUGGUUCCCACGUGCGCACACACCAUUGAAGAUCGCCGUGCCGUUCAAACAGGACUUCACGCAGUUCGUGCAGAUCGCCACCAAUGACACCAUCACCGGCUUCUGUGUGGAGGUCUUUCGGGCGGCGGUGGGGCUGCUGCCGUACACACUGGACUUCGAAUUCGUGCCCUAUGGCGUUGGCAACCAGUCUCUGAGUUACACCGACAUGCUUAGGCUGGUGGCAAAUAAGACAUUUGACGGGGCAGUUGGUGACAUCACCAUCACACAGGAGCGCCAGCAGCUCGUGCAGUUCACUCAGCCAGUGCAGUCUGCAAGCCUGUCCAUGGCGGUGGCACAGGAGCCAACGAGCACGGGCGCGUGGUCGUUUCUGUCGCCCUUCUCGCUCACCAUGUGGCUGGUCAUCCUCGCAUCCACCGCUUUCACCGUGGUGGCCGUGUGGUUCCUCGAGAAGAACCAGAACGAGGACUUCUACGCCAACGGCAAGCUCUCCAGCCAGAUCAUCGAUAGUGUUUGGUAUGCGCUCACCACAAUCGUCUUUGCGCAAGACAAGCCCAUUCAGACCACCAUGGGGAGAUUGGCCAUGAUGUGCUGGCUAUUCCUUGUGCUCAUUGUAACCGCCAGUUACACCGCCUCCCUCUCCUCCAUCCUCACCGUUCAGAACCUCGCCGCCACCCCUGAUAGCCUUUCCGUGGCGAUUUCUCUGAAGCUUCCUCUCGGUUACCACGAGGGCUCCUUCACCUACAACUACCUCCUGGCCAUCGGCAUCCCCGCUUCAGUGCUGUUUCCGCUGAAAUCCAUGGCUGAGUUCGCGGACGCCCUGGGCUCGGGAAAGGUGAAGGCGGUGAUUGAUGAGGCGCCGUAUCUGGAUGUAUUCAACUCGCGCUUCUGCAGCUACACUCGCGUGAAGGAACAACUUUCCACCUUCAACUGGGGCUUCGCCUUCCACAAGGACAUGCGGGUGCCAUACGAUCUCUCCAUCGCCAUCUCAAAGCUGGCGCAGUCGGGGCAGCUGCAGAGCAUGCACGACUUCUGGAUCAAGGGCUCCACCUCCUGCUCCCUCGGGCCCUCCGUCUCCUCCACCAGCCUCGGCCCCGAGAACUUCUGGACGCUGUUUGUGAUUUAUAGCGCGGUCGCGGUGCUGUGCUGCCUUGUGUACUGCGCGAUGUCGGCUUAUACGGGGUACAGGAUUCUGAGCUACUGCCGGAAGCUGGAGAAGGAGUUGAAGGAGGAACUGGAGGGAGGCAAAGCAGGAUCCUCCAGGAAGGGGAGGGCAGAGGAAGGAAGCACGGAAGGCAGCAAGGGAGCAAAAGAGGGAGGCGCAGGCGGGGUGUGGGGCAAUGUUCGCUCCGGGCUGCAGACGAUGAUGGAAAUCAACUUCUUUCACGCGCUGCUCGUGGGGCUGGGGUGGAAAGACCCUCCUGAUGUGCACUCCGCUCUGGUCACCAACCAGCUGCAGCACAUUGACUUUGACAGCUACGGCGCUGCUGCUGGGUAUGGUGGUGGUGGUGCUGGCGGGUAUGGUGUUGCUGCUGGGUUCAACGGUGGUGGUCCUGGAGAGGAAGGGGGGAUAGCGGGAGUGUUUGCCCGAGUUGGUAGCAUGGGUGGCAUGAGGAGUUUCAAGAACGCUGAAGGCAGCACCAGCACCAGCACAAGUCGACUUGUGAGGCGCCUCAGAAGUUUUGGAGAAGAAGGGGAGAGAGGGGGAGCAGCAUUCGACCGAGCUGGUAGCAUGGGCGGGAGGAGUUUCAAGCAUGCUGACCGACCAACCAGCAGCGGCAGCGGUCAUCUCAAGUCAAGCAAGUCACUUAAGAGGCGCUUCGCCAGGGGAAGCGCGUCGCAAGGAGGCUCUUUCAAGUCAACAACCUCAUUCAAAGCAGAUCUGUUCCGAAAGCAACAGUCUUUCCAGCAGUCUAACCUUGGCAAGGAGGGGGAGAGAGACGCAAGAGAGGCACGGGAGGAAAGGGAGUCAAUCGAGUCAACGUCAGUCAAGAGGGCAGCGUCGUUCCGGGCAGAGUCAAUGCGGUCAGCCUCGUUCAAACAAUCCGAGGCUUUCCAAGGGGGUCCUGUGGCCCGGGCUGGAGGGUUCCGAAGUGCUUCUGUGCCCGGAGGUGAGGUGAUCAGGGAGGCGACGGGAGAGCGGGAGCAGCAGAGGCAGGAGUAUGGGCAGGAAGGGAGGGCGAAGCAGUUUGUACGGCCUGGGUCUGGUGGGACUGGUGGGUCGGGUGGUUCUCGAGAUAGGGAUGGGACUGGAAGCCUGGGUGCAGGAGCAGGCUUGGCUCAGUCGGGCAGCUUGAGCAAAACGGGCAGUUUUAAGAGAUCGGGCAGUGCGCUCCGUGCUCCCAGCUUCAAGCGUCCCACCAGCAGUCGAGAGGAGGGGCGUGAGAGGGACGGGAGUGGGAUAGCAGAGCGGCAGCCGCAGCCGCCGCAGCAGCAUCAAGGGCCGAUAUUGAAGCCUGAGGGGCUGUUUAAGAAGCUAGUCAGCUUUAAAGGGGCCGAGGCUGGGUCGAGCACUGGUGGAGGUUCUGAGAGCACGAGCAGAGGGGGAGUGGAGAGAGGGGCAGGAGGGGGUUCAGGAGGUGCAGGAGCACGGGGAGGAGGAGGAGGAGGAGGGCAAGGGGGUGGGGGGCAGACGAGGCCGGAUAUCAAGUUUGGCGGCAGUGCGAGGGGCAAGUUUGAAGGGGGGCCGGUGUGGCGAUCAACUUCCUGGGGAAAGAAGGGGGCGCUGAGCACGCUGCUGAGCACAGCCGCACUGAAAAGAGCCCAGAGCGAGCGGAGAGAGAGAGGGGGAGGGCAGUACACCCGAGUCUCCAGGGCGCUGAGCACGCUGCUGAGCACAGCUGCGUUGGACAAACACCCGCAGAGCGCUGAGAGAGGGAUCACCCUCGACCUUGGGUUCUCCGCCUUCCAGCUCAUCCGUCUGCAACGCCAAUCCCUCACACUCCUCUCCUCCCUCCCACAGUCCCUCUAUCAUUCCCUCGCCUUCCCUUUUUGUCACGUCGACCUCUCUCCCCCUCACACCCUCUCCUCCAUGGAUUCCCUCUCACUCCCAUCUACCUCGUCCCCUCAGGUGGACGUGCCUCCAUCCCUAGCGCACGAGCUUCCAUACGACAAGAUCCAGUUCACUCUCGUGGACUGCCCCGGCCAUGCCUCCCUCAUCCGAACCAUCAUUGGAGGUCCGUCCGCCCGUUACCUCCUUUCUGUGUAUGGCUCGUUGUUUUGA